GCAAAGACGAUUAUACCCCUCAAACAGUUGGUUUUAUGUGAGUGAAUGAAUAAAGAGUUGGAAGUGCAAAUCAGUAAAUAUAGUGAGUCGACUCACCUUAUCCCAUCUCAAACACUCAAAAACGUCUUUCUUUGUAGCUCAACAAAAAAUUGAUAUGGAGAAAUUUCUCUGAAGCUGAGAAACACAAAUUUCAGUUACCCAAAUCAAUGGCUGCAACUGCUGUGACAUUUUCAUGGCUCUCUCCAGUACCCAACUUCAACCCCACAUCAUAUCAUAAGAUUGCAUUCAAGAUAUGGUCUCCUCCCACCACCAACUGUUUGAUAAAAUGUCUCAAAGCCAACCAAUACCCGAUUUCCACAACCAACACUUGUAAUUGCAAGAACCAAACUCGUUUAUCACAUUUCACACCCUUGUAUGCAACUUUGAAGAGCCCAAAAGGGUUCGGUCCUCCCAAGAAGAGCAAGAAAACCAAGAAGACAACGAGCAAAGAUGACGACGAUGAUGAAGAUGACAAGAGGGAUGAAGAAGAGGAGGACGAAGAGGGUGUAAUACCGGAGAUAGUGACGAACAGGAUGAUUAGCAGGAUGGGAUUCACAGUUGGGGCUCCAUUGUUUGUUGGGCUCUUGUUCUUUCCAUUCUUCUAUUAUCUCAAAGUUGGUCUCAAAAUUGAUGUGCCCACUUGGGUGCCUUUCAUUGUGUCUUUUAUCUUCUUUGGGACAGCUCUGCUUGGAGUAAGCUAUGGGAUUGUGUCGUCCAGUUGGGAUCCACUUAGGGAAGGAUCUUUCUUGGGUUGGAAUGAGGCCAAGAAGAACUGGCCAGUAUUUUGGCAGUCCUUUCGGGGUGGAUCCAAGAGAAAGUAGCCACUGUUUUAGGACUAAGCUAGCCGAGCUUUUCAGUAUAAUAGUACAUUACAGGCAAAAGAGUUUGUAUAUUUUGAAACUGAGUUGUAUAAAAAAUAGAUUUCUUCUUUUCCUUUUAUUUUCUUUUGGAGCAUGGAUGCUGCUCUUGCAACUAAUUGGAGGGCUUCUAUUUUCAUUAGAAAACAGAGACUAAUAUUGUCAA